AGCAAUCCUGUUCUCAUGUACGAGGUCAAACACCUCCCAAACACAUGCAUCAUCUGAACACAAUUCUAGAGGUAUCUUUGACACAGGAUAAAGAUACAGUAGGUCAGAGCCGGCCGAACCUUGACUUCUACAGUGUAUGCAACAGAGAGAUAUAUAGAAACGAGCGAUACCUGUCUCUCUUCCUCGUAACUGAGCAUAACCGGAAGGUUAUGGUUAUGGUUCUAGAGAGAAAGAGAGACAGGUAUCGUUCGACACUAUACCUGUGACACUAUACCUAUCUCUUUUGGGUCAAAGAGGAAACAGGACGAAUAUAGAUUUGCAAACCUCUCUCAUUUGCUCUUGCAGAAGCACCUAGGAGCAUUAGGAGUGGAGUUUGACCGUCUCUGCAGUAGAUCUCUAGAUCUGCUAGAAAAACACUUUUGCAGGUCCUCAUAAAUUAACUUUAUGUGCCCCUGAACAGCCAUAUACGAAUACGGUUCAAUGGCUUUGUUGCAGUAUAAAGAUCGAUACAGUAGGUUCACUCUCCAGCCACGCCCAUACAUUCCUCUCUUGUCGACGCAUCACCACGUCAGCUUAGCGAGUGAAGCGUCAGCAGGUGAAGGACGUAUGGGUGUGACCAGGAAGUGAGCCUACUGUAUAGAAUCUUUAUACUGUGUCUCUGACACCAAUAAUUUCGAGAAACUGCAUAACAACAUUCUUAAAUUGAAAUGAACGGAACAAACCCAAAUACAUUUUUGUAAUUCAUUAUCCUCCUCUCUGUCAGAUUUCAAUAUUCACUUACGUAACGUACUUCUUUUUAGUGUGGUGCCAUUUACCUUGGUGAGAUAUCACACAAUGAUAACAGGGGUCGACUGAAUUUUCUUAUGAUAAUUCUGAGAAUUCUUUUAACGGAUAUAGGAUUCGUUAUAGGGCCUUAUGUGUCCUUUAAAACAUUCGCAAUUAUUUCAGCAUGUGCCUCGAUUAUUCCCGUAGUAUGUACUUUCUUCAUACCGGAAUCUCCGUAUCAUUUAAUUAAAAAAGGAAACAAAGAUGAAGCCAAAAAGGUGAUUAAGAAACUGGCUAAUGAUGCAUCUGAUGAAGCCUUUUUUGAAAAAGAGCUUAAAGAAAUCGGUUCUUCAGUAGAAAAGGAUAUGAAAAAUAAAGGAACUAUUUGUGAACUUCUUACCAAAAAGAUUUAUAGAAAAUCGUUGAUUAUACACAUUUGUAUAAAGUUGAUAUUACAUUUUUGUGGUAAUGAUGUAAUUAAAUCGUAUAUGCAAACUAUUAUUAAUGCAACAGGAAGUAGUUUGUCUUCAAGAAAUGCUAGUGUUAUUUUUGGAAUUGUCAAUUUUAUCGGUGCUUUGGCUUCCGGACAAGUUGUUGAUCGUUUUGGUAGAAGACCCUUGCUCAUUGUUUCCUGUUUGUUAUGUUCUGUAAGCAUGUUCUGUUUAGGAUUAUAUUUUUAUCUUCAAGACGUUACUUCUUAUAACGUUGACAUAAUUUCCUGGUUGCCAGUCACCAGUUUGAUGCUCUUUGAAGUGUUCGUUGCGAUUGGUAUUCUCUCCCUGAACUUCAUGAUUGCCUCAGAAUUAUAUCCAAUCAAUAUAAAGGCUGUCGCUGUGUCCACAGUUACGUUGCUGUCACAAACGUUGGGUUUUGGUGUUCAAUUUGCGUUUCAGCCCUUGAACGAAAUUUUGGGAGAGUAUACUUGCUUGUGGUUCUUCAGUAUUUGCUGCUUUCUAGGAUUUCUCUUUGCACUCUUCAUACUCCCGGAAACAAAGGGAAAAUCAUUUGAUGAAAUUCAAAGGAUACUUAAUCGGCAAAAAAGCGAGAAAGCUAUAAAUAGUAAUAAUCAUGAAACUGGAAAAUUCUGAUGUUGUAUUAUAAACCGUACCGUUGAAAUUAAAUUUUUAUUUAUCUG